CUACAGGCGUUGGGAGCUUGGAUUUAAGGAUUCGCUGCCCUGUUUUGCUUUUGGGGUUUUGUUUUAUUCUUGCAAUGCGUUCUACUCUGUCUGUGUAUGGCUGCUAUCAUUUUGCUGUGUGACCUUGCGGUUUUGUAUUUUGAUUCCUGGUGGUAGCUCGAGUCGUUACUUCUGCUCUGUUUCUCCCGAGGGCUCGGGCAAAGGCAGGGCUUUAUUUCAGUUGGUUUGGGCCGCCGCCCGGUGGUAUCAUAUUGGCGGCACCCGUCUGGUUUCCGCCAUUGAAGACUACCCCUAUCCUCCUCCUCCGUGAUUUUGUAUCAACUUUCUUUUUUUUGUCAUUUUUAAACCCCCACCUUUCCCCCCUUCGGUAGCCGUACCCGACCAACAUUUCCGCCAUCAGCAGGGGGCAGACAAAAUGCGGUUGUUCGACCUCUUCCUGCUGGCCGCCGGUGGUCUGGCAAGCGCGUCAACACUCACGCCCAACACCGUCCCACUUAUCGUCCGGAACCCGUACCUGAGUACAUGGUUAUACCACGCCCGUGAUGCACCAUGGGAGAACUGGCCAAUGUUUUGGACUGGUGCUCACGUCGGCUUCUCGGUCAUGGCCUCCGCCUCGGGGAAGGUCUACCCCCUCCUCGGCCGGCCGCAAGACUCUUUGUCGACAAAACGUCACAAGAUUGCGUAUCCAGAGUAUCUCGGCGUAACGUUUGAUGCUUCCACCACCAACCUGAGCUAUUCCAUCCCCGCGGCGGGUGGAGAAUCCUCGGUACUAGUUACGCUCUCGUUCCUGUCACCUAUCACACCCUCCUCGACGAUGAGACAGGCCAUUCCGGCGGGGUACAUGACUGUUUUUGUUGCGGGGUGCGACGAUUUGGAUUUGUACACGGAUGUGAAUGGGGAGUGGGUGACGGGGAACAGGGAUAAUACUUUGCGGUGGGAGAUGUUUGAAUCUCCUCCCAGGGAAGAAAAGGGGACAAAAAAUGGGACAAAGACAGAAAUAAAAACUUGGAAGGUGAGGAGGGAGAGGGAGGAGCUGCUGACCGAGUUUGGGGAUCGGGCCGAGUGGGGGACUUUGCACUUUUCUGCCCCGGGAGGGGAGAACGGGGUGAGGUAUCAGAGUGGGACUAGUGCUUUGCUGAGAGGAUUGUUUGCGGAGAGGGGGGAGCUGAGGGAUGAGGUGGAUGGGGAGUUCAGGAGGGUGAUGGAGGAUGAGCCGGUUUUUGCUUUUUCAAAGGGGUUCAAGUUGGCUGAUGGGGGGAAGGGGAAGGAAAAGUGUGAGAAAAGGGAGGAGAGCGUGAGGUUUACGUGGGCGCUGGUGCAGGAUCCGGUUGUGCAGUUUGCCAGUGCUAGGGGGUUGACGAUGAUGAGGCCGCUUUGGCAGAGUUUUUUUACCGAUGCGGAUGAAUUAGUGGGUUGGCAUUUUGGUGACUUUGAGACUGCAGCAAAACUGGCGGGGGAGUAUUCGAAUGCGUUGGCACGGGAUGCGUAUGAGUCUGGGUCGAGGGAGUAUCAGGAUAUUGCUGCGCUGAGCGCGAGGCAGGUGCUGGGGGCGACGCAGUUUUCGGGGACGCCCGAGGACCCGAUUUUGUUUUUGAAGGAGAUUUCGAGCAAUGGGAAUUUCCAGACGGUGGAUGUGAUCUUCCCGGCCUUUCCGUUCUUCCUGUAUACCAACCCGAGGUGGUUGGCGUAUCUGCUGGAGCCGCUGCUGGAGCACCAGCUGAGCGGGCAGUAUCCGAACGACUAUUCGAUGCAUGAUCUGGGGGCGCAUUUUCCGAACGCGACGGGGCAUCCGGAUGGGAGGGAUGAGUAUAUGCCUGUGGAGGAGUGUGGGAAUAUGUUGAUUAUGGGGUUGGCGUUGGCGAAUGCGCUGAGAUAUGAUACUGAUCCUGCGUUUGUGAGGCCAAAGGGGGCGGAGGGGAUGAGGACGGCUCCGGGGGCGAAGAGAUGGUGGGAGAGUGUGGAUGAGUAUGGGAUUGAUUUACCCAGAGGGGAGGCUAAGCUUGGCUCUACGCCCAAGGCGGCGGAGAAGUGGUUGUCGCGGUCUUACAAGCUUUGGAAGCAGUGGACGGGUUACUUGGUCAGGGAGUCGCUUAUUCCGCAUAAUCAGCUUUGCACGGAUGACUUUGCGGGGUGGUUGGCGAACCAGACGAACUUGGCGCUGAAGGGGAUUAUUGGGAUUAAAGCCAUGAGCGAGAUUGCGGAUAUUGUGGGCGAAAAGGAGGAUGCAAAGUUUUAUCGGGAGACGGCGGGGGAGUAUAUUGAGAAGUGGCAGGAGUAUGGCAUCUCGAGAGAUGGGACCCAUGCCAAGCUGGCGUACACUUGGUAUGGAUCCUGGACGACUAUUUACAACCUGUAUGCGGACUCGCUGUUGUGUUUCCAUGUUUCGGACAAGAACAAAUCUUCGGUGACAGGAGGGAGAAAGAGUGGGAAGCAGCCGAGGAUGGAAAGUCAGAUACCACUUGGGCAACAGGCUUACGGGUCUAAAAAAGAUGGGAACGUCUUUAUCCCUGACAAGGUCUACCAGAUGCAGAGCGAUUGGUAUCAUGCGGUUCUGCAAAAGUAUGGGCUGCCGUUGGAUUCGAGGCACUUGUAUACGAAGAGUGACUGGGAGUUUUUUGCGGCGGCGGUGACGGGACGGAAGACGAGGACGGAGAUUCUGACGAGUGUGGCCAGGUGGGUGAAUGAGACUGAGACUGAUCGUCCUUUUACGGACUUGUAUGAUACAGAGGGCAAUGGAGGGUUCCCGGGGAUUUGGUUCAUGGCGAGACCGGUGGUUGGGGGGCACUUUGCCUUCUUGGCACUGGAGAGGGCAUGCGGAGGCAAGGCUGUGGAGGCAUUGAAGUUUUUGGAUAAGAGGGAGCCUGGAGAGGUUGAUGUUGAGUUGGUGCUGAUGAGGGAUCUUUCUACUGGUGAGCAGUAUGAUGAUGAGGGCUGGGAGGACCUUUGA